AUGAAGGCUGGGUCAAUCUUGAGCGCCAUUAUUAGCAUCUCACUGGCAGUGCAGCAUGUUGCAUGCGCACAGGAUACAGGCGAAUGUGCAUUUAACAAGCAACAAGGUGACUCCAAGAGCGCCCAAUUGGAGGAAUUCACCGUGAACAAUGCCGGUCAGCAAGAAGCAACCAACUUUGGGCAACUCGUAAACAACACCGAUUCCCUGAAAGCUGGACUUGGUGGCCCUACACUCUUAGAAGACUUUGCGAUGCGUGAAAAGAUUAUGCAUUUUGAUCAUGAACGUAUUCCAGAACGUGCGGUGCAUGCUCGUGGUGUGGGUGCACAUGGUUAUUUUGAAACGUAUGAUGACUGGUCCAACAUCACAGCUGCCAAGUUUUUACGUACCCCAGGACACAAAACGCCUGUCUUUGUUCGUUUCUCAACCGUGUUGGGAUCUCGUGGCUCACCUGAUACAGUAAGAGAUGUACGGGGUUUUGCUACUCGCUUUUACACCGAGGAGGGCUUGUUCGAUCUUGUUGGCAACGCGAUUGCUCCUUUCUUUAUACAGGAUGCCAUCAAAUUCCCUGAUUUGAUUCAUGCAGGAAAACCUGAGCCUGAUACCGAAGUGCCCCAAGCUGGUACAGCUCACCAAACAGCAUACGACUUUUUUGCAGAAUUCCCAGAGACCCUGCACACCGUUUUUUGGGCUCUCUCAGGUCGUGGUAUUCCGAACAGCUUACGUCAGGUGGAAGGUUUUGGUGUUCACACCUUCCGGUUGAUUAACGAGGAUGGGGAAUCUAACUUUGUUAAAUUCCACUGGAAGCCAUUACAAGGUUUAUCCAACAUGCUUUGGGAUGAAGCACAAAAGGUGGCUGGUCAUGAUAUCGAUUUCCAUCGCAACGACUUAUACACAGCCAUCAACAAUGGCGAUUAUCCAGAGUGGGAAUUUGGCGUACAAAUCAUUCCUGAGAAGGAUGCCGACAAGUAUGACUUUGACCUUACCGAUCCCACCAAAAUUGUUCCCGAAUCGCUUGUACCAGUAAAGACUAUCGGCAAGAUGGUGCUUAAUCGGAACGUUGACAACUACUUUUCCGAGACUGAGCAAGUUACUUUCCACCCAGGUCACGUGGUGCGUGGUAUUGGAUUUACCAAUGAUCCCUUGUUGCAAGGUCGUUUGUUCAGCUAUCUUGACACACAGCUCAAUCGCAUGAGCAGUCCCAAUUUCAUGCAAAUCCCAAUCAAUCGCCCUAUCAACAAAGUUCACAACAACCAACGUGAUGGUUACAUGCAGCAAAACAUCUACAAAGGCAAUGUGGCAUACCACCCUAAUGGUCUACAAGAUAACACUCCAUCCAUGGUUGAGCCUAAAGAUGGUGGUUACAUUGAUUACCCUGAGAAGAUUGUUGGCACCAAGCAACGUGGCAGAUCGGCCAAAUUCUUUGAUUAUUACUCUCAAGCACGUUUAUACUACAACUCAUUGACGAAAGCCGAGCAACAGCAAAUGGUCGAUGGUCUACGUUUUGAGAUUGGCAAGAGCAAGUCCCUUGAUGUACGCAAGCGAAUGAUUGGUGUGAUUAAUCAAGUUGACAAUGAUUUGGCAUGCCGUAUUGCUAAGCGUAUCAAUGUUGAUUGCCCUGAUAAGGUUGCUGAUAAUGAUGGCACCAAGACGACUGGUUUAUCCAUUGAACAUUUCCCCAAGCCAAACAACAUUCGUACACGUACCGUUGCCAUUCUCACUGCCCCUGGCACUGACGCUGAUGAAGCACAAGCCAUGUUUGACUAUCUCAAGGAUCAAGGAGCUUACCCCACUCUCAUUGGUGUCAACCUUGGUGAGCAAGAUGGCCUUAACAUCACAAGCACCUACAUGCACACUGCCUCUGUUCUCUUUGAUGCGGUGUAUGUGCCUGGCGGCAGCAAGGGCAUCGAUACUCUUACAGAUGACCUUACUCAGUUCCCUUAUGAUGAACCCAAGAUGUUUGUUAUUGAUGCCUUCCGCCACUGUAAGCCCAUUGCAGCUACUGGUGAAGGUGUUGACUUUGUCAACGAUGCUAUCAGCUCCGUCAAGAUCUCGAAUAAGGAAGGCAUUGUCACUGGCAAAUCGGUGGAUGGUAUUACUGGUGACUUUAAGAAGGCUCUCAUCCAUCAGCGUUUCUGGUCUCGCUUAACACUUGACAAGCAAUAG